CCAUGCCUAUUGUUUUUGCGAUGUUAAAGGGUGUACCGAUCGGAUCCGGGCGUUUUCAAGGAUUUGAAGCAUUGGAAGACGUUCAGCUUCUUGUAUCAAGGUUUUUUCAAUAUGGCUGAUCGACCUGAUGGUUAUGGUUUCACUGCAGAAGUGAGGGGGAAGCUGAGCAGCAAGUAUGAUUCAGGAAGGGAGAGAGAGGCAUUGCAAUGGAUCGAAGCUGUCCUUGGUGAAAGGGUUUUUGGUGGGGUGCAAGGCUCUGAUGCUGUGCACCAGAAGUUGAAGGAUGGAGUUAUACUUUGCAAGUUGAUAAACAAAAUCAAACCAGGAAGUGUGAAAAAAAUCAACGACUCGAAAAUGGCAUUCAAAAUGAUGGAAAAUAUUGGUAAUUUUUUGGAUGCAUGUAUGGCAAUAGGGAUACAGAAACUUGAUACAUUUCAGACAGUUGACCUGUAUGAAAACCAAAAUAUGACGCAAGUGAUUGACGGCAUACAUGCCCUGGGCAGAAAGGCUCCGUCAGUUGGUUACAGAGGACCAGGUUUAGGCCCCAAGGAGGCAACUGCAAACAAACGUGAAUUUACAGAACAGCAGAGGAGAGCAGGAGAUGGUAUCAUUGGUUUGCAGGCAGGAUACAACAAAGGGGCAAGUCAAGCUGGGCAAAAUUUCGGAAAGACGAGAGCCAUAAUUGACUGAGAAAUUUCUUCGUUCCGCUGAAGGUCUUCUGCAAUUGUGAAGACAUCAGAAUAGAUGCGCCAUCAAGAAUUGGACUGAAUUGUUGAUAGAAAGAAAAACUAAAGAAAUAUUAUUAAACAUGAUGCAAAAUACAAUUGUUUCCCCUC